AUGUUUUGCCACCUCUUGCAGGUUGCGCCUCUGGACAUCACCAAGGCCAACGAACACUUGUUUGGGGUUUUUGACCCUCCCGCGCCACAACUCGAAAUCAAGGCAAUCCCCACAGGCACCGCCCUGGCGUCCGAGGAUUUUCCCUCAGCAGAUGCUGACUGCGAUCUCCUGACCAACACCCUCGCUCCACUGCUGGAGCCCAGCACUCCCCCUCAAGCAGAGGACCUUCAAGAGGCUGCUGAGAACAACUUUGAAGACGCAGAACAGGAGCCUCCUGCAGAGGAUGAUGACGAAGAGGAAGAGUGGUAUGAAGCCUGCGACCAUCAGGAAUCAGAAGCUGAAGACGAGCCGACUUCGAAUGACUCAUCUGAGGCUGCCCAAGGGGAAGCUGGCCCAGAUGAGUGUGGACCUGAAACGGUUGACCAGCUGCCAGAAGACUCAACCGCUCAAGAGAGCAGUGAUGCCCAAGGGUCAAAUGCUGACCAGCAGCCCAACCCAAAUUCCUUCAACCAAGAAAAUGCCUCUGCCCCUGAGACCGAUGACCAAGUUGCCGACAAGGUCCUCGAGGAAGAGGCUGAAGGAGAAGUGGCUGACUCUCCAGCUCCAGAAGAGGAGGAUGCCCAGCAAGAAGGGGCACCUGCCUCAGAUGCCGAGGAACAGCCCGACCCCAAAGCCAUCGAUCAGGAAAAAACUCCGGCUAAGGUCGCAGCACCUCCAGCAGCAGCGCCUCCCAAACCAAGAAAGAGGACUGCUGAAGUUCUUGAGGAGCUGGAAGACGAUGCUCCCACAGAGGUCACUCGUGUUGUGACCAGGAACAGGGCCAAGGCCAACAAGAUUGAGCUCCUCGGCCUCUACGAACCCCCUAAAAGAGCCAGAAAGCGCCCUUCAGACCCCACUGGGGCGCCCGCCAAGGUGGUCAAAGAAGGCCCCAAGAACAAGCGCGGAAGGAAGACCAAAGUGAGGCCAGUCUCUCAGUCUCCUCGAGCUCUUCAAGCCAAUGGGCAGCCUGUAGAGCGCAGAAAGAGGAAGCAUUGGCAGCCUGACCCGGAUGACAUCUUGCCCGGAGAUCGGCUCUCAAACAAGCGCCAUGCUUUUGACGAGGCAAAGCAAGCCAUCGGCUUCUGCCUCAGGCGGGGGGCCAACAUGGCCCUCUACCAUCGCCACUGA